GCCGGCUGGCUGGGAAGAUGGCGGCGGGAGCCCUGGCCGCCACCGCGGAGCGGGCCCGGAGCGUCCGGAGUGCGCGGACCGGGGCCGGGGCCGGGCCAUGAGCGCGCCGCCCUCGCGUCCCCGAGCCGCGGAGCCCGCCCGCGCCCCUCGCUAUGGCGCGGCUCGCGGACUACUUCGUGCUGGUGGCGUUCGGGCCGCACCCGCGCGGGAGCGGGGAAGGCCAGGGCCAGAUCCUGCAGCGCUUCCCGGAGAAGGACUGGGAGGACAACCCCUUCCCCCAGGGCAUCGAGCUGUUCUGCCAGCCGAGCGGGUGGCAGCUGUGUCCUGAGAGGAACCCGCCGACUUUCUUUGUCGCCGUCCUCACUGACAUCAACUCUGAGCGGCACUACUGUGCCUGCCUGACCUUCUGGGAGCCAGCGGAGCCCACACAGGAGGCCGUGUGCGCCGAGGACGCUGCCGGGAGGGGAGAGGCGGCAGAGGAGGGGGGCCCCGGGCACCUCUCGCCGGCAGUGCCCGGCCCGCCCGGCCAGCUGUUCGCUCCGAAGACUCUGGUGCUGGUGUCUCGGCUGGACCACGCGGACGUGUUCAGGAACAGCCUGGGGCUCAUCUACACCAUCCACGUGGAGGGCCUGAGCGUGGGCCUGGAGAGCGUGAUCGGGAAUCUGCUCACCUGCGUCGUCCCCCUGGCGGGGGGCUCACAGAAAACCAUCUCUUUGGGGGCCGGUGACCGGCAGGUCAUCCAGACCCCACUCACGGAAUCGCUGCCCAUCAGCCGCUGCAGCGUGGCCCUGCUCUUCCGCCAGCUGGGCAUCACCAACGUGCUGUCUUUGUUCUGCGCUGCCCUCACCGAGCACAAAGUGCUCUUCCUGUCCCGGAGCUACCAGCGCCUCUCGGACGCCUGCCGAGGACUCCUGGCCCUGCUCUUCCCUCUGCGAUACAGCUUCACCUACGUGCCCAUCCUGCCGGCGCGGCUCCUGGAGGUCCUCAGCACGCCCACGCCCUUCAUCAUCGGCGUCCACGCCGCCUUCCAGGCGGAGACCCAGGAGCUGCUGGAUGUGAUUGUGGCAGAUCUGGAUGGAGGGACGGUGACGGUUCCCGAGUGCGUGCAAAUCCCCCCGCUGCCCGAGCCGCUGCAGAGCCAGACGCACAGUGUUCUGAGCAUGGUCCUGGAUCCAGAGCUGGAGCUGGCAGACCUCGCCUUCCCUCCCCCCACCACGUCCACCUCCUCCCUGAAGAUGCAGGACAAGGAGCUGCGGGCGGUCUUCCUGCGGCUCUUCGCGCAGCUCCUGCAGGGCUACCGCUGGUGUCUGCACAUGGUCCGCAUCCACCCCGAGCCUGUCAUCCGCUUUCACAAGGCAGCCUUCCUGGGCCAGCGCGGGCUGGUGGAGGACGACUUCCUGAUGAAGGUGCUGGAGGGCAUGGCCUUUGCCGGCUUUGUGUCGGAGCGCGGGGUCCCCUACCGCCCCACGGACCUGUUCGACGAGCUGGUGGCCCACGAGGUGGCACGGAUGCGGGCAGACGAGAGCCACCCGCAGCGAGUCCUGCGUCACGUCAGGGAACUGGCAGAGCAGCUCUAUAAGAACGAGAACCCGUACCCCGCAGUGGCCAUGCACAAGGUGCAGAGGCCAGGGGAGGCCAGCCACCUGCGGCGGGCGCCCCGGCCGUUCCCCCGGCUGGACGAGGGCAUGGUGCAGUGGAUCGUGGACCAGGCCACGGCCAAGAUGCAGGGCGCACCCCCGGCUGUGAAGGCCGAGAGGAGGACCACCGUGCCCUCAGGGCCCCCCAUGACCGCCAUCCUGGAGCGGAGCGGCGGGCCCCACGGCAGCAGCGCUCGCCGGCUGGAGGUGGUUCGGAACUGCAUCUCGUACGUGUUCGAGGGGAAGAUGCUCGAGGCCAAGAAGCUGCUCCCGGCCGUGCUGAGGGCCCUGAAGGGGCGCGCCGCCCGCCGCUGCCUCGUCCAGGAGCUGCACUUGCACGUGCAGCAGAACCGAGCGGUGCUGGACCACCAGCAGUUCGACUUCGUUGUCCGCAUGAUGAACUGCUGCCUGCAGGACUGCACCUCACUGGAUGAGCACGGCAUCGCGGCUGCGCUGCUGCCCCUGGUCACAGCCUUCUGCCGGAAGCUGAGCCCGGGCGUGACGCAGUUCGCGUACAGCUGCGUGCAGGAGCACGUGGUGUGGAGCACGCCCCAGUUCUGGGAGUCCAUGUUCUACGGCGACGUGCAGACGCACAUCCGGGCCCUCUACCUGGAGCCUGUGGAGGAGUGGGACCCCUCCCAGGUCGGGGAGUCACAGGCUCAGGACGAGCGCUCCGCCCUGGACGUGGCGUCGGAGCAGCGGCGCCUGUGGCCGAUGCUGAGCCGGGAAAAGCAGCAGGAACUGGUGCAGAAGGAGGAGAGCACGGUGUUCAGCCAGGCCAUCCACUACGCCAACCGCAUGAGCUACCUGCUGCUGCCCCUGGACUCCAGCAAGAGCCGCCUGCUGCGCGAGCGCGCUGGGCUGGGCGACCCCGAGAGCGCCAGCAACAGCCUGGUCACCAGCAGUGUGGCAGGCAGCGUGGCCGAGAGCUACGACACGGAGAGUGGCUUCGAGGACGCAGAGACCUGUGAUGUGGCUGGGGCGGUGGUCCGCUUCAUCAACCGCUUCGUGGACAAGGUCUGCACAGAGAGCGGGGUCACCAGCGAGCACCUCAAGGGGCUGCAUGUCAUGGUGCCAGACAUCGUCCAGAUGCACAUCGAGACCCUGGAGGCCGUGCACCGGGAGAGCAAGAGGCUGCCCCCCAUCCAGAAGCCGAAACUGCUGCGGCCGCGCCUGCUGCCGGGCGAGGAAUGCGUGCUGGACGGCCUGCGUGUCUACCUGCUCCCGGACGGGCGCGAGGAGGGCUCGGGCGGCAGUGGGGGCGGCCCAGCACUGCUGCCGGCGGAGGGUGCCGUCUUCCUCACCAACUACCGGGUCAUCUUCACGGGGAUGCCCACCGACCCCCUGGUGGGGGAGCAGGUGGUGGUCCGCUCCUUCCCGGUGGCCGCGCUGACCAAGGAGAAGCGCGUCAGCGUGCAGACGCCCGUGGACCAGCUCCUGCAGGACGGGCUGCAGCUGCGCUCCUGCACCUUCCAGCUGCUGCGGAUGGCCUUCGACGAGGAGGUGGGGUCCGACAGCGCCGAGCUCUUCCGCAAGCAGCUGCACCGGCUGCGGUUCCCGACGGACGUCAGGGGCACCUUCGCCUUCACCCUGGGCUCGGCUCACACCCCCGGCCGGCCGCCCCGAGCUGCCAAGGACAAGGCUCCCUCCCUCAGGACCCUGUCCCGGAACCUCGUGAAGAACGCCAAGAAGACCAUCGGGCGGCAGUACGUCACCCGGAAGAAGUACAACCCCCCGAGCUGGGAGCAGCGGGGCCAGCCGUCCCCCGAGGACCAGGAGGACGAGAUCUCAGGUGGGGGCCAGCAGCCCGGGCAGCCGGGGAGGGCCCCGUGCGCAGAGCGUCGGCCCGGCGCUCGCCGUGACCCGUGUGCCCGGCCCGCCCCAGUGUCGGAGGAGCGGGAGCCCAGCACGCUGACCCCGAGCUCGGCCCUGAAGCCCUCCGACCGCAUGACCAUGAGCAGCCUGGUGGAGCGGGCCUGCUGCAGGGACUACCAGCGCCUGGGCCUGGGCACGCUGAGCAGCAGCCUGAGCCGCGCCAAGUCCGAGCCCUUCCGCAUCUCUCCGGUCAACCGCAUGUACGCCAUCUGCCGCAGCUACCCGGGGCUGCUGAUCGUGCCCCAGAGCGUCCAGGACAACGCCCUGCAGCGCGUCUCCCGCUGCUACCGCCAGAACCGCUUCCCCGUGGUCUGCUGGCGCAGCGGGCGCUCCAAGGCCGUGCUGCUGCGCUCGGGGGGCCUGCACGGCAAGGGUGUCGUCGGCCUCUUCAAGACCCAGAACGCGCCUUCUCCAGGCCAGUCCCAGGCGGACUCCAGCAGCCUGGAGCAGGAGAAGUACCUGCAGGCCGUGGUCAGCUCCAUGCCGCGCUUCGCCGACAUGUCAGGACGCAACACCCUCAGCGGCUUCUCCUCGGCCCACAUGGGCGGCCACGUGCCCAGCCCCCGAGCCAGGGUCACCACGCUGUCCAACCCCAUGGCGGCCUCGGCCUCCAGACGGACCGCGCCCCGAGGUAAAUGGGGCAGCGUCCGGGCCAGCGGGCGCAGCAGUGGGCUCGGCGGUGAUGUGGGCUCUCGGCUGGCAGGCAGGGACACGCUGGCGCCCCCCCAGGCCAACGGGGCCCCCCCCGACCCGGGCUUCUUGCGGCCCCAGCGGGCAGCCCUCUACAUCAUUGGGGACAAGGCCCAGCUCAAGGGCGUGCGGCCGGACCCCCUGCAGCAGUGGGAGCUGGUGCCCAUCGAGGUGUUCGAGGUGCGUCAGGUGAAGACCAGCUUCAAGAAGCUGCUGAAGGCGUGUGUCCCAGGCUGCCCCGCCACCGAGCCCAGCCCCGCCUCCUUCCUGCGCUCCCUGGAGGACUCGGAGUGGCUAACUCAGAUCCACAAGCUGCUGCAGGUGUCGGUGCUGGUGGUGGAGCUCCUGGACUCGGGCUCCUCCGUGCUGGUGAGCCUGGAGGACGGCUGGGACAUCACCACCCAGGUGGUGUCCCUGGUGCAGCUGCUCUCGGACCCCUUCUACCGCACGCUGGACGGCUUCCGCCUGCUGGUCGAGAAGGAGUGGCUGUCCUUCGGCCACCGCUUCGGCCACCGCGGGGCCCACACGGUGGCCGGGCAGAGCAGCGGCUUCACACCUGUGUUCCUGCAGUUCCUGGACUGUGUGCACCAGGUCCACCUGCAGUUCCCCAUGGAGUUUGAGUUCAGCCCCUUCUACCUCAAGUUUCUCGGCUACCACCACGUGUCCCGCCGCUUCCGGACCUUUCUGCUGGACUCAGAUUACGAGCGCAUCGAGCUGGGGCUGCUGUACGAGGAGAAGGGGGAGCGCAGGGGCCCGCAGCCCUGCCGUUCCGUGUGGGAGUACGUGGACCGCCUGAGCAAGCGGACGCCGGUGUUCUACAACUACAUGUACGCGCCCGAGGACGCGGAGGUCCUGCGGCCCUACAGCAACGUGUCCAACCUGAAGGUGUGGGACUUCUACACCGAGGAGACCCUGUCUGAGGGCCCCCCCUACGACUGGGAGCUGGCUCAGGGCCCGCCAGAGCCCCCCGAGGAGGAGCGGCCGGACGGGGGCGCCCCGCAGAGCAGGCGCCGUGUGGUGUGGCCCUGCUACGACAGCCGCCCCCGGGCCCAGCCCGAUGCCAUCUCGCGUCUGCUGGAGGAGCUGCAGCGGCUGGAGACAGAGCUGGGCCGGCCCCCCGAGCGCUGGAAGGACACCUGGGACCGGGUGAAGGCGGCGCAGCGCCUCGAAGGCCGGCCAGACGCGCGUGGCGCGCCCAGCUCCCUGCUGGUGUCCAGCGUGCCGCACCACCGCCGCUCGCUGGGCGUGUACCUGCAGGAGGGGCCCGUGGGCUCCACCCUGAGCCUCAGCCUGGACAGCGACCAGAGCAGCGGCUCGACCACGUCCGGCUCCCGCCAGGCCGCCCGCCGCAGCACCAGCACCCUGUACAGCCAGUUCCAGACGGCUGAGAGCGAGAACAGGUCCUACGAGGGCACCCUCUACAAGAAGGGGGCCUUCAUGAAGCCCUGGAAGGCUCGCUGGUUCGUGCUGGACAAGACCAAGCACCAGCUGCGCUACUAUGACCACCGUGUGGACACCGAGUGCAAAGGCAUCAUCGACCUGGCAGAGGUGGAGGCUGUGGCGCCCGGCACGCCCACCAUGGGCGCCCCCAAGACCGUGGAUGAGAAGGCCUUCUUUGAUGUGAAGACGACGCGUCGUGUUUACAACUUCUGUGCCCAGGACGUGCCGUCGGCCCAGCAGUGGGUGGACCAGAUCCAGAGCUGCCUGUCAGACGCCUGAGCCUGGCCCUGCCUGGCGGCUCCCCAUCCAGCUACAGACCACUAGGGGUGGGCAGGGCCCCCCGGCCAUGUUUACAGCCCCCGCCCUUGACAGUAUUGUGGCCCCGCCCCCAACCCCUGUGUACAGCCCC